AUGAAAAUGAACCCAUCGAAGCCAUGGUCACUUCGGAAUGCUUGCAUCUGGUUUCUGGCAGCGGGCAUCGAGCCGUGCAUAUCCUUCAGCCGCCCGAGCUUUUCCCUGAAAGCCAAACUCGCAGGUGAAUCGUUUCAGGAGCCCGGGAAUUGGGCGCCAGCACUGGUGCACCCAGAGUGGGCGGAGUGGAAAGCCUCUCACCCGAGAUUCUGCUCCAUGUUCCCUCGUUUGUGUGCUGAUGAUGGUCUCGAGGUUCAAGUCAUAGUCAUGGCAGCGCAAGACAUGCGCGAGCGAAUGCUUGGCAUUGGCUCCUGCUGGUUCGUGCCACUGGUCCUUCUCUGCACCGCCUUCGGGGUAUGGCGGCCUGGGUUGCCUCCAGUAAGCAGCUCGGCCUUCCGCCUCGACAAGCUGACUGCCUGGUGGCAUCGCGGCCCACAGCUUUCAGCGAUUUCCUUGAAAGUCUACGUGUGCACGUUGCUCCUGAUUGAGCUGCUUGGUGCAUCAUCCCCGCUGGUCUCAGUUCUCUCCCUGCCAGAAAUUCUGCGAAGAGUGCGAAGACACCCGUACGGGCCCGGAGACGGGGUGGGGCUAUUUGCGGUUCAUGGACUGGCAGACACCCCCCAUCUAAUGCCACGACUCACCUAUUUGUUCAUGCCAGAUUUGAACGACAGCACGGUUGACAGCUAUGCCUCUUUUCAUGCCAUGCUUCGAGCCACGCUGUUGAUUGCCUGGUGCAUCUUCCUGGUCGCACCGCGCGCCUGGAGAACGACCUCUGCGACAAGCUAUACCUGGGGAGCGGCGAUGUAUUUCUAUUUCGGCAGUCUGAGCAUGAUGUUUGCUCCGACGACCAGCGUGUGCUCCUCAUACUUCUUUGUGCUAGGGGCUGGCUUUGUGGUGACACAUGCUGAGAGCACUGAUGCCCAAGCCUGGUUGUGGAAGUUUCUGGUCAUGAGCAUUCUGGCGCCAUACUAUCUUGCAGCAGGCUUUGCCAAGCUGCGGUACGCUGGUUGGAUGUCAACUCUCACUGGAAGCUGGAUCCGGGAGGACUUUUUAGAUUUCCUUUCGAUAUUUCCUGGCUUCAAUGCUUGGGCGGCACACGCCCCCUUGGUGGCCGCCCUCUUUUCGUGCGGAUGCAUGCUCGUCGAGUUCGUGGGGCCUUUGCUGGUCCUUUCGAUUGAUGUUGGAAAGCCAUGUUCCAAGGUGGCGCGGUGGACGCUUACGAUAUGGAGUUCGCUUGUCCUGGGUUUUCUCCUGGGAGCCUAUGUAUUUUUUGGCCCAAACUUUGUUCGGCAAGUGCCCUUGACAAUCAUGCUUCUACAUGGGCUCUGGUGCUCAGAUGCCGAGAGCCCGCGUCCGGAAGCUCAAGAAGCCCCACCCUUGGUAUAUCACUGUAGGGCCAUCUUGGCGAUGCUGCUUUUGAGCUCGUGGUUUGCCGUUGAAAUCUGGUCAGACCUAGCACAUCUGACCGGCGCCACGCCACAACUAUCAAAGCAUGAUCCAGCGUGGCCAAUCGGCGAGUUCGGCAUGUUCGUUCAUCCUUCGGAGGCAUCGAACUACGCGCGGUCGUUGUCUCUCGAGACUGUGGUGUAUUUUGGCCUUUGCGUGAAGAAGUCGCAGGACAUUUGGUCCGUUGCAAAGAGCGGCGAGAUUUAG